AUGGUCAAAGAUACCGAGACUGUUAUCCAGGAGUUCAACGAGCUCGUCAACAUGACCCCUCGUGAGCUACAAGAUUGGCUGGGAAGUGAGGAAUCCGCAGGUGCGGGCUGGAGCAAAGAUGACGGAUCCGGCGAGACCAUUGGGCAUGAAAGCGGACGCAAAAUCAUCAAAAUCUUGGAAAAGAACCCGAAGAAGGACCCAGAGCAAUAUGACGAGGAUGACAUUGCUCACAUGAGAAAAGUCGUCUCAUACUGCAAGCGUCACUUGGCGCAGGAAGAAAAGGCAAAACAAGAUACGGACAGCAAGUCAUAUAAGAGCUUGAAGAACUGGGGACACGACGCUCAGAAGACGUAG